AUGCUAUCUCGUAAUGAUCCAACCAAGGAGUUCGGAUGCUUGAUGCACCACAUUAACGAAGAAUCAUUAAAAACUUGCUAUUACCAAUUAGAUGGUAAUAAAGCAGUAGAGGUAGACGGAGUAGAUAAGAAAAGGUAUGGAAAGAACCUGAGUUAUGAUCUAAAAACGUUAAUCUCUAAUAUGAAACAAAUGAGCUAUCGUCCAGGGAUAAAACGUCAAGUAUUAAUUCCUAAGGAAGGUAAAACAGAUACAUUUCUUAAUCUAGGGAUUAGUAACUUUGAAGAUAAACUAGAACAAAAGAUGAUGCAACGAAUUCUUGAAAGUAUACAUGAACCGCUAUUCUUGGAAUGUUCUUAUGGAUUUAGAACAGGCAGGAACUGUCAUAAUGCACUUAAAGACUUAAGUCGUCACCUAUAUGUUAGACCGGUUCGAACUAUUAUUGACAUAGAUUUGGAGAACUUUUUUGGAACUCUAAGCCAUCAAGAACUGGUUAAAACAUUAGAGAUGAAAAUCAAAGACAAACGUCUUAUUAGAUAUAUCAUCAGAAUGUUAAAAUCAGGGGUUUUAACAAAUGGAGAAACGACCGUAAGUGAGGAGGGAGCAGUGCAAGGAAGUGCUUGCUGUUCCGUACUUGCUAAUAUCUUAGCUCAUUAUGUGAUAGACCAAUGGUUUAAAGAUGUAGUCAAAAAAACAUUGCAAGGGCAAAAUAAAUAUGUUUCGUUACUGUGA